AUGGCACCCAAGCCCGCAUCCACCGCCGGCAAGGCUCCCGCAUCCACCGCCUCCAAGGCGCCGGCCAAGACGACUUCUGAGGGCUCCAAGGCCGCGAAGAAGACCAAGGCGGCGGCACCCGCUGACGGCGAGAAGAAGAAGCGUCGCAAGGUCCGCAAGGAGACGUACUCCUCUUACAUCUACAAGGUCCUUAAGCAGGUCCAUCCCGACACUGGUAUCUCCAACAAGGCGAUGGCCAUCCUUAACUCCUUCGUCAACGACAUCUUCGAACGCAUCGCAACUGAGGCAUCCAAGCUUGCAUCGUACUCCAAGAAGUCGACCAUCUCUUCCCGCGAGAUCCAGACCGCAGUACGCCUUAUCCUGCCCGGUGAGCUUUCGAAGCACGCCAUCUCCGAGGGUACCAAGUCGGUCACCAAGUUCUCCAGCGCUGGCGCCAAGUAA